AUGUCUGCCUGUGGUGAUGGCCAGGUUUACUUCUGGAGUGCACCGACUGGUUCCCAGCUCGGAUCCCCACUGCGUGCACAUUCAGACGCCAUCAGCUUGUUGGCCAUCUCACCUGAUGGUGAAUUAAUAGCCAGUGCGUCCAGGGAUCACACUGUGAGGCUAUGGAGCACCUCUACCCGAAAGCCUUUUGGUCGUGUGCUCCAGCAUGCCUCUGAGGUAGCCACAGUAGCCUUCUCGCCUGACGGCCAGCUUGUCGCCACCGGGGAUGUGCAGAACGUAAUAUUUUUGUGGGACAUAUCACAGGAAUCCACCAUCAUGACGAAUGCGGUGUCGCCCUCAUUCGUUUCCCCAGCAUCCAACAUCACGAGCUACAUUGACCAGCCGUUAGCAAGCUCCGAUUCUCUUUCAACACCAGCCUCGGACGAGCUACCGCAUGGAACCGAGUUCACGACAGAACGUGUAGGCUCGCGUGAUGCUGCUACCUCACCUUCCCCAUCUCUGCCCCCUCAAAGUCAUUCCAAUCAUGAAAUUACUACUCCAGCCCGCUCCUCUCUUGCAGUCGAGCUUUCUGACAGAAUCCAAGUGCUUCCAGACACCGUCAACUCGCGCGCUUCCACUCCAGUGCUGACCUCACAUCUAAAGUCGUUUUGGAAGCGCUUUCCUAUGUUCAACAGGUCUGCAGCAUCUGUAGACUCCAAGCGGUGGAAAUUUUCGCGCAUUGGUAGCAUCAUGCGGCGCAAGCAUCGGAACGUGGAACCUGAUGAUGUCCAGCAUUAGCGUGCUUCUGGUUCCUGUCGUCAUUGGCCCCCGUUCUAUCGUAUCGUGCA